CUUAAACAAUAUUUAGAUGAGAAAAAAAGCAAUCUAUCUUUUAUAGCGACUCAACGCAAUAUACUGAAAAUUAUUUGGUGUUUUGUCGAUACGAUAUAUCGCGAAUGACGGAACAAAAACAUUAGCAGUAGCUAGCAGUGAUUUUAGUUCUGGUUUUAUCCCGCAAUGGAACUGAGAACAUUUAAUCUGUAGACAAAUGGAUUAAACAUGUGUAUCUAGGGAACAGUUACUAUAGAAAAGUGGAUUAAAUCUCUGAAUAUGUGAUUUUAUUUCUCUUCGUGCCGCAUAAAGGGGCUUACAUUUAUCAAAACUGGAUUAAACUGGUGCCCUGUUUUGACCUUUUGGAAACAAUAAACUGAUGUAAGAUAUUACGCUAGGAGAAACGUGAAAAUGCUAUUGGAGAGGAACAAAAGAACAGGCCUAUAGGAAAGCAAUUAACAAUCUGUUGCAGUUGUAUUUUGGAUCACAAUAUUCAUUCAAUUGUUAAAGGAAUAUUUAGUAGAAUUUAGAUAUGACAUUAAUGUGAGACGGAUAUUAUGGAGUGCUCAUUUACAGGAAUUAUUCGUACUGCCGUGGUAUUCUGUAUGUCGGGAAAUAUGCUGUCUCUGGCAAAUCAACAAGUUGUUCCUGUUUAUUGUUCUCAAACGACUGUUAGUAAGCAAGGGUUCUUUGCCAACGAUAUCAUACCUUCAUCUAUUAAUGAUUCUGUAUUCAACGAGCCUCCGACAAAUACACGUGAUAUGGGUGUUGAGUUAUGCCCAAACAAUAAAACACUGAAGUUAAGCUGGAAAAUGAAUAAAAUAAAAGGCAUUGAGAUCAAGCUUUGCUACAAGAUAAGGUCUGCUUUAAAUGGAGAAGUACAUUAUUCCAGCUGUGUCAGUCUGAAAAUAAACUAUCCGAGACGUCGGUCUUAUAUGACAUGUUGGUUUCCCAUGAAGUACAUAUCAUACAGGCCUAUCAUCACUGCUCUGGCAACAUCAACUCGGGGGAAUACAACAGUGGAUUAUUACGGUGAAUUAAACACAAACCAGCUGGAUCCAACAAACAGUUGUAAAGAUGUAUGUGAGAUGACGGUCGUGACUAUAAAGGCCCCGGUGUCAUGCAAUGACGAAUCAUCCAUCUAUUAUGAUGGCAGAAUUACAAUGAAGGCAUUGUCCUUCGAAGCGGAUAAUUCAACUGAAUGCAACAUUCCAUCCGUUCAUAUUAUUGGCCAGACAUCUACCCAGCUAGAUUACAUCUUAAAUUGUACCGAGGCCGGAGCUGGUCAUGUAAAGGUGUUUUACAGCAUUCGUGGCCGUUAUUGCUUCAAAUACCAGCCUGUAAGAAUAUAUUGUGACCCACCGUCAUCAUAUUCAUCAACUAUUGACCCUGGUGUGGACGAUUUCCCGACUUUUGUGAUAUUUGGAGUAGUCUGCACGAUUGUAAUGACUUUCAUAUUGAUUGCCAUAAAUUUUGUUUUUCAAAGACUAAAAAUCGUUCUGCAAAAUCGUAGACGUACAAAUGGGCAUCUUCCAACAAGACAUGGCAUGGAAAGCGUACCAUUGCAGUCGAAUAAUACAAAGCCUCGAGAAGAGAGUGUUGGCUCGUCUUCUAGUAUUGUUGAUCUGACUACACAAGUACAAAAAGCAAUGAAGCGUGAAUAUAUAAAACGUGUGAACUCGGUCUCAUCUGAUGAUCAAAGUCAACAAUCUGCUAACUCCUCCUCCUUCCGCAGACAUAAUGUCAGAAAACUCCACAGAUGUAUGACUAUAGCACUCUUAGAACGGACAGAAUCCUUUUACAGGAAGAAAAUUUUAUUCCUACCGUCUCCAUUUGACACAUUUAGUCGAGACGCCACGAGCCUACUGAAGGCUGUUUUCACAUUAGAGUUGAGCAUUCCAACGCAUUGUUGUUUCGACCGCGACGUGUAUCAAAAGUAUAUGACUGUACAUAAACACAAUUGGAUAGAGUCCAUUCUUCGAGAUCAUGAUCGUAUUGUGAUAUUUCUUUGCUUUACAACAAUUCAUGGCGAAGCAAAAGGUAGGCCUAUUGUGGAAGAUGUGUUGGAACAUUUACUUAUAUCAAAGCCUAGGCCACAUUGUAAAGUGGCGUUUCUACAUCUAACUGAUAGCUCUGAAAAUUUUGAAAAGAACCAUCAUGGGGAUAGUUUUCAUGUUAUGGAUAAAGUCUCGUACGAAGCGUUUAUAUCAGAAAUGUUGAAUUAUUGUGGAAGAAAUCCAGACUCAGAACCUGAGCUAGUGUAUAGAUUAACAAAUUGUGAAACUUCAAGACAUUUUCUGCGUUUCAUUGGAAUAAAAAGCAUUCUUUGAUGAUGUGAAGCUAUGCUAAUACCAAUACAGGAUUAUUGGUGAAAACACAGUGAAAACAAAGUGAAAUCCUGAGAUCAUAAUUUAUUUCAAAGUCAAAAAGAUGAAUAUCUAUUUGGGUUUUUGUUUCUUAAAAAAUAUAUUAAAAUUUCAAUUUUGUUUUGAAAAAGGCUUUAAUGUCCCAAAACAAAGGACACGAAUCAAAAUAUGUUAAAGCUGCACGCCUCCAGAUGAGCCAAAAUAUUUCAAGAAAUUCAAUCUUUAGAAAAAUGUAUUAAGAUCUUAAGAAAGGUUAAAAAAAUUCAAUAGUUAAUUAAUUAUUGGCAUGUUAUUUGCGAUGAAUGGCUGAUUUUGCAGUAUCAAACACUAUAAUUCUACUGCGUUACUAACACAGUAAGAGAUAUUUAUGUAUAUUUUAACAUCUUUUUGGUAAUUUACGUGGAUUGUAAGUGUUGUUAGCAAUGUGUUAAUAACUUUCUUUGUUCACUUAACAGUAUUUUACUUUUAAAUACAUUUUCAAAAUUUUCAUGAAAAUUAGCAUGAAUCUGGAGGCAUGCUGCUUAUUAUCUUUAUAACAAAUGCCACUGACUAUAAUAAAGUAUAAUAAAGUAGAUAUCUACGCAACUUUUGAAUGUGUUUAAACGUUUAUAUGUCUUUAAAUGGUAAACACGGCUUGCUAAGCAGUCACUACGUGAACGUUAAUCAACCAAUCAGAACGGCGCUUUUAUAGGUUAUGAACUUUAUAUCAUAUUGUGAUAUAUUUAUAUAGUCUCUUUGUAAUUUAAAAUAACUAACAUAUAAUAUAAGUUACAUGUAUUGUUAAUAUAAAAUAAAGAAAAAGUCAAUGUUAUAUAUAUUUCUUUUUUUUUAUUUGAAUGUUGAAAUAUUAUAUCGCUUUGAAAUAUCUAUCAUCGGUAUCUAUUCUUUUUUAACUCCUCUGUGACCAGAAAGCCUAAAUAUAGCAUUUAAAACUUUUACAUCGUUCAAGCACUUGAAAUGUAAAAAAAAUUCUGCAAAGGAUAAUAGAGAAAUUUUUAUUCAUAAUUUAAUUUAAAGUCGAUAGUUAGACUAAAUGCAAUUCUAAGCUUUGCAACGCAAUCAUUCUGUUGAUUUGAAA